AUGAGCGCGCGCACAUCCGUCGUCGACGUCGCUUUUCGAGCGACGACGUUCGGGCUGUUCGCGACGACCUGCGUCGCCGGCGCGUGGUUCACAGCGACUGCGGCGAAGGGAUUCUUGCAUUACAGCGCGGCGAGCGAGGCGGUGAAGCGGGAGACGAGCGAUGGGAAGGGGGGGAAGUGA